AUGACGAGUGAUUUGCGAAACCUUGUUAAACGUGAGCGGCAGUUGUUCAAUUCCUUGGAAGGCUCUGAGCGGUUUUUGGAGAAUUACGACCCGACAAAGGAUCAGAAACAAAUCAGCAUUCGCAUACAAGUUCUGGAUUCUGUGUACAGCGAAUUCUUCGAGGUCCGGCGGAAAACAGAACUGCUUCUUGACACUAUCGCAGUGGAAGGAGAGGAAGAGAUAAAACCGGAAACCGAAGAGGAUCAGCAGCGGAAGAAUUUAGCCAUUCUCAGUGAUUUCGAGGAUCGCUACUUCAUUGUCAAGGCUGGACUUUUGGAGCUAUCGAGUAAGGUUGCAACUACAGCGGAUGAAGCAUCCCACGCAAACAAUGCAGCGUUUCCGAAGGUUAAACUGCCAGAAAUCAAGCUUCCGGUCUUCAGCGGGAAGGUUCGCGACUGGAUCACCUUCCGAGAUAGCUUCCGUAGCUUGAUCGACGGUAACAUUCAGCUAACUGAGAUGGACAAAUUCAGCUAUCUGCGGUCUUCACUAUCUGGCGAAGCGCUCCAGGAGAUCAGUUCUGUAGAAAUUUCUGCAGCGAACUACAGCGUAGCCUGGCAAGCACUAGAAGCCCGCUACGAAAACAAAAAGCUCAUUGUGAAAGCUCACAUUGACGCUCUGUUUGCUGUAGACGGACUCAGGAAGGAGAGUUACGACGGGCUCAACCGUCUGAUCAGCGAAUUCGAAAAGAAUCUCCAAAUGCUAGACAAGAUUGGAGAAAGAACAGCGGAUUGGAGUACUCUACUGGUCCACAUGGUAUGUAGCCGCCUGGAUCCUGCUACCUUAAGGCAUUGGGAGACCCACCACAACUCGAAGAAUGUUCCAACCUACCACAAUCUCAUCACUUUUCUUCGAAACCACUGCGCGGUGCUCCAAUCAGUCGCUCCACCGAAGUCCAGUCAACCCGAACAGAAAUCAUUGAAACCAACAGUCUGUCAAACCGUCUUCAAGUCCAGCGGUAGGUGCCCUUUCUGCAACGAAACGUGGCACUCUGCAUUCCAUUGUGCGAAGUUCCAGAGGAUGAGGAUUGCUGAACGGAAUGAAGCUGUUACGCGAGCGAAGCUUUGUCGGAACUGUUUCAACCCUGGUCAUUACGCUAGAACCUGCGAGCGAGGAGAGUGUCAUCACUGCCAUCAAAAGCAUCACUCCAUGUUGCACGGUGGAGAAACGCGAUCCUCCGUUCCAAACUCGCAGUCAAGACCGCCGACACAACCCCAACGACAGCAACAACCUCAAUCCAGUUCAGCACGAUCAAACCAACAGACACAGAACACUAACACAGCUACCUCUGCCAACUCGCAAAACACGCACACACGCCCAACCACAGAACAACCCACCACAAGCCAAAAUCUAGUUUCAUUGCCCGUUACUCCUACUCAAAACAUACUCCUGUCAACGGCGCUCGUCAAGAUCCAUGAUCGGUUUGGCAAGACGAUGCUUGCCCGAGCUUUGUUGGAUUCUUGCUCACAGCAUUGUUUGAUGUCCAAGAACUUUUCGAGCAAACUGAGUUUUCGAGAAAUUCCGUCGCAUUUGUCGGUCCAAGGAAUCGGACCAUCCCAGUCGGUUUCUACGAAAGCAGUUACAGCGUUGGUGGAACCAAGAACCACUACUGUGUCAGAGUUUUCCGAAGAGAUGCAGUUCCACGUCCUGCCGAAGCUGACAAUAUCGCUGCCAACUGCAGCCGUCGAUUCAUCCAAGUGGAAUCUACCUCCGUCGAUGACUCUUGCUGAUCCGUGUUUCCAUGAACCUGGCCCGAUUGAUUUGAUCAUCGGGGCUGAGUAUUAUAUGGACUUGCUCUGCGACGAACGACAGAAGGUGACGAGUGAAGGCCCAACUCUACAGAAUACGGUGUUUGGAUGGAUAGUCUCUGGUCGAAUUCCGGACAAUUGGGCAAGCAGCGUAGUCUCUGUGACCCACGUCUGUUCUACAGCAGAAAUCCAGGAUCAGCUUACCAAAUUCUGGGAACUGGAGACAUGCAGAACUGCCAGCACUCACUCAACAGAAGAGUCAGCUUGUGAGGAGAUCUUCGACAAGACUACAACUCGAGACAGCGAAGGACGUUUUGUUGUGACGCUCCCGAAGAAGGAACACCUCAUCAGCCAGUUGGGAGAAUCAAGAGCAGUGGCAAUCCGCCGCUUCAUGGGGAUGGAACGGCGUUUCGCAACGAAUCCAGCGCUGAAGGAGGAGUAUACGAAGUUCAUCCGUGAAUAUGAAGACCUGGGACAUAUGGAGCAGAUUUCCGGUGACUUGAUAGGAGAAAAGGAGUACUAUCUGCCACACCAUGCGGUGCUGAAACCCGAAAGUACAACUACUAAAUUGCGAGACGACAUUCAGGACAUCUCGUUACGUUUCCGUUUGCAUCGUUACGCACUCGUUGGUGAUGUUGCGAAAAUGUACCGGAUGGUUCUGCAUACUGAGGGUGAUCGCCGUUUUCUGAAGAUCGUAUGGAGAGAUGAAUCGACCGAACCGAUCCGUACCUAUCAGCUCAAGACGGUCACGUACGGUACAGCAUCGGCACCAUAUCUCGCCACAAAAUGCUUGCAGCGUUUAUCAGAAGAAGGAGAAUCAGCUUACCCUGUUGCUGCCAAGGUGGUUGGCAAGGAUUUUUACGUUGAUGACAUGCUGUCCGGCGUAGACAGCAUCGACGAAGGAAGGCUGUUGAUCCAACAAAUGAUAGCGCUACUUCAUUCUGCUGGAUUUACGCUUCGGAAGUGGAACUCCAACUCUGGUGAACUUUUGAAGGCCGUACCAGAAGAUUUGAGAGACGGCAGAUCCAUUUUGGAAUUAGAAUCUGCAACCGCUACCGUAAAAACUCUCGGUCUCCUGUGGGAGCCCGGCUCCGAUCAGUUCAAGUUCAGUACUCCGUUGUGGAAUUCGUCAUCAAUCGUCACCAAGCGAUCCGUACUUUCCGACGUUUCCCGUCUAUUCGAUCCACUCGGCCUGGUAGGCCCGGUGGUAGUACAAGCAAAGAUCUUCAUCCAAGAUUUGUGGCGGAAUCAAUGUGGAUGGGACGAGGCACUUGACGAGAAUCUGCAAGACCAGUGGCGAGAAUACAAGCGAAAUCUGGCUGGCCUUGAUACCUUGAUGAUACCUCGAUGGGUCGGCUUCAGCAAAGGUGUUGACGUCGAAUUUCACGGAUUCUGCGAUGCUUCCAAUAAGGCAUAUGGUGCUUGUAUAUAUCUGCGAUCUGUUUCAGCGUCUGGUGAAGUCUCGGUCCACCUACUGACAGCCAAAUCACGAGUAGCUCCUCUGAACAAUCCGAAGAAGGCUGAGAAACACGAAACUACCCCUCGAUUGGAACUAUCAUCUGCCCUUUUGCUCGCGCAUUUGUACGAAAAGGUCAAAAAUGCCUUGCAUUUGGAUGCACCUUCGUUUUUCUGGACGGAUUCCAUGAUUGUGAAGUGCUGGCUGUCGUCGUCACCAUCCAGAUGGAAGCAGUUUGUAGCCAAUAGAGUCUCAGAAAUCCAGCACAUCACGAGGGGAGGAGUGUGGAGCCACGUUGCUGGACUAGAGAACCCAGCUGACAUUAUCUCUCGCGGGAUGACUCCUGCACAACUGCAGUAUGAGAAGGUAUGGUUUCACGGCCCCCACUGGCUGAAGCUGGGAAACGAGCACUGGCCGAAUGAUCAACGAGUGCAGGAGAACGAAAUUCAAGCGGAGAUUUUGGAGGAGAAGUCUGUAACGGCAGCGCUAUCCGCAGUUGCCCCUAACGAACUGUUUGGCUGGAAAUCUUCUUUGAUGGAGCUAGCCAGGACAAUCGUCUACGUAGAUCGCUUCCGCUCGAAUGCACGACCGGAGAACCGAAACAAGCGAAGGGUUGGUGCAGUAACUUCGGCAGAAAUAGACGAUGCUCUGAAAAAUCUAGUUCGGAUUUCGCAGAAGGAGAGCUUUCCUCAGGAAAUAGCCGAUUUGACCAGAAAACGAGAAGUGCGGGAAUCAUCGAAGAUCACUAGGCUGUACCCUGAGUUACUCGAUGGCAUAAUGUGCGUUGGCGGCCGGCUUAGACACGCUGAAAUUUCCCCUAGUCGCAAACACCCGUAUAUCAUCGACCACCGCCAUCCGCUAGCCAAGCUCAUCGUGGUGUACUACCAUCAGAAGCACCUUCAUGCCGGACAGCAGUUGGUCAUUUCAGCUAUGAGAGAGCGGUUUUGGAUCACCAGUGUCCGGAAUUUAGUCCGUUCGGUGCUACAUGAAUGUGUCCCGUGCUUCCGAGUGCGUCCUCAGGUCCAACAGCAACUAAUGGCGGAUCUACCUCCCGAACGAGUCACUCCCUGCCUCCCGUUCCAACGGGUCGGAGUAGAUUACUGCGGACCGUUCAUGAUCAGAUACCCACAACGUCGUGCGCAACCAAUCAAAUGCUUCGUCGCAAUCUACAUCUGCCUGGUGACGAAAGCAGUCCAUCUGGAACUAGCUGCAGAUUUGUCAACGCAAGGGUUCCUGACAACGUUCAAGCGCUUCGUGUCUCGUCGGGGAAAGCCGCAAAUUGUCAUGUGCGACAAUGCGAAGAAUUUCGUUGGUGCUAGAAGGGAAAUUGCGGAGUUGCACAAUCUGGUAAGAUCCAAGGACUUCCAAACUUCUGUUGUUCGGAGCUCAGCUGAGGAAAGGAUCGAGUUUAAAUUCAUCCCAGCACGAUCGCCGAAUUUCGGAGGACUGUGGGAGUCAGCGGUCAAAUCCUUCAAGACCUUACUGAAGCGGAGCAUUGGUGUUCGGAUUCUCUUGUACGACGAGAUGCAGACGAUGAUCGUUCAAAUCGAAGCCGUUUUGAAUUCGAGACCGUUGACACCUCUCAGCAACGAUCCAGACGAUUUCGAGGCGCUGACACCCGGACACUUCCUGAUUCAGCGGCCUCUGACUGCGUUGCCGGAACCUGAUCUAGAUGGCGUUCCAGAGAAUCGACUCUCGACUUGGCAGCGGAUAGAACAGCUUAUGCAGCGUAUUUGGCAGAAAUGGUCGACCCAGUAUCUGUCCGACCUGCAUAAUCGAACGAAAUGGACAAAGCGGAAGGACAACAUUGCGGUCGGAACAAUGGUGGUCCUAAAGGAGGAUAACUUGCCUCCACUCAAGUGGCCCUUGGCACGCGUAACAGAAAUUCAUCCAGGCGCAGACGGGAACAUUCGUGUUGUGACAGUGCGAACAAAAGACGGUAGCUAUCGGAGAGCAAUUUCCAAAAUUUGUAUCUUGCCGAUCCGAGAAAAUCUUUCACCGGCAACACCGGCACCGGCUGAGGACGACUAA